UGAUAUUUUUUAAUUGGACAAAUGAAAAUUAAAAAUUUGAUAUUCUGUGUACGUUCCAAAAAUGUUGACACAAAUAACCGCGACUGACAGAGACCGAAAUAGCGAAAACCGAGCAUCGAACCGAUGGAGGAGGGAGGAGCCGCCGCCGCCGCCGCGGUAGAAGAUGCCAAGAGAAGGUGUGAAGCUCUCACCGAUCAACUUCAGCAUAUCCCUAGGAGUAAGCUCUCUCCCUCCUCGAAGACCACCCUCUGCCGUUUAAUCAACUCAGAGCUCACCUUCCUCCACCGUCUCUCCGCCGCCUCUGAUCUCACUUCUUCUCCUAUCAGUCUGAAUAUCGGCCACUUAGAGGCGGUGGUACAUGUGCUCCGGCAGCCCUCUGUGAAUGCGGUAUCGCGCGUCUGCAAGCCGAUCGAAUUCUCGAAAUCGUCUAGCAUUUACGUUGAUGUAGUCUGUUCACUGAAUGGGAAUCCUGUGUGGUUCAUUGUCUCCGGCAGAAACCCUAAAUGCAUUUCCUGGAACGGUGGUUCUUCUGAAAAGGGCAAGGGAUUGAGGAAAAAAAUUCAGCAAGUUGUUAAUGCUGCACGCCAGUCCCCUGUAACGCUCCGGCCGUCAUCGAUUGUUCUUUUCUUUUCGAAUGGCCUCGGUGACGAUGUUUACCAGAAGCUGAGAUGUGAAUUUGAGGCUGUCGAUGUGGAAUUGGAGCCACUUUGUUAUCAAGAGUUGGAAUUGGAGGAAGAAUGGACACAUGUGGUGCUUGGUAGAUUGUUUCCUGAUGCUUGUGCUGUGAGAAUACAGGUUGGGAAAGAUGGUGUUGAGCUGGAGAAAGAUAUUCAUGAGAAUAGGAUUGAUGGCCCCGUUUCGUGCAACAAGUAUUAUGAGCACUCUAAUUUUGAUCUAGGCGUGUCUUUAUGUUCUCUUGUUGCUGGAAUGAAGUGCUGGUGUUGUUGCUCUUCGGAUGACAAGGUAGAACUUGAAAUUGGAUUAAUGAAUCAGUCAUGGAGGGAUGUUGAGGCCAAGUUGGUUAAUUUUGAUACUACUGCAAUGGUGGCCAUUGUCUCAGGAAUUAGUAAUGGAAGGACAGAGAAGCUUUUGGCUACAUCAGAGAGUCAGUUGAGGGACCGGUUUAAGGGCAACUACGACUUUGUGAUCGCCCAGGUUGAUUCGGAAAAUCAGAAUCCAAUCCACAGCGAGUUGUGUGGCUUAAUAUCAGGAAAACGAGGAAUUAUCUGUGAAAGUGUUAGGUUGGAGUUCCAAGAGCUCAUUAAGAUGUGUGGUGGACCUAAUGAGAAACUAAGAGCUGGAUUCUUUCUGAAAUUUCUCAAGGUAGUACCUGACUGUCCAUCCACACGACUGAUGAGCCUUCCGACAACCAGAAAACUGGCUUUGAAAAACAAAGUGGUUUUUGGGACUGGUGAUUAUUGGUGUGCGCCAACUGUAACAGCGAAUAUGGCUUUUGUCAGGGCUGUCUCACAGACAGGAAUGUCUCUUUCCAUUACAGAGCACAGACCACGGGCCCUAAUUGGGGACUAAAACGUUGCCAGGGAUAUUUCCACUUGGUGGAAGAGAUUGUCUACCGGCCAAUCAGUUCUUAAAAUGUAUACGCACUGGAACUACUGUCUAUACCUCAUCAAGACAACAAUGCCAUGCUCGCCUAGAAAGCACCUGGACAUCCAAGGAGGCAGCAAUGCAAGGGGGACCAUCCGAGAUUAUAAAGUUUUGUACUUGUGUGUUUUUCCUCAUUUGCUAAUGGUAUGGUAGCUUUAGUUCAAUAUUCUUUUUCUGUUCGAUACCAGGACUCUUACUUUUAAUAAUCCAGUUUCUAGUAUUGUAUUCUUUAUUAUUUCGUAUCCAAAGAUUGAAAAGUCCAUUAUACA